AUGGGUGGGGUAAAUAUGGAGAGUGGCGACGCGGAUUCGUUGUUGAAGAACGGAAUAAUAGGCGGGGGCGCGAACGACGGCGGGUUAGACGCGCUGCGCAUGCUAACGGCGGGCGAUGGUCAGCUGUCGUCGCUCUCCGCGCAAGCGCAAGAUGCGCUCGCCGGCGGCGGCGCGGGCGGGAUCAGCGGGAUGUUUGCGGGCGCGGACGGGAUGGGGGGUUCAGGUGGAGCAGGUGGCGAAGGGGGAGGGGGAGAAGGGGGUAGUGGGGGCGGAGGGGGAGGUGGGGGCGGAGGGCGGGAGGGCGGCGGAGCAGCCCCGCAGAAGGGGUCCCUGGCGAAGGCGUCAGGAAGCUUCGAUUUCUCGAUGCAGGAGGAGCUGCUACACUCGUUUCAAUACGAAACGCCCCCCUCCUCCGUGCUCCCCCGCUGGACCCCCUCCGAUCAGCCCGUGUGCUCCUCCCCCCUCUUCUCCUCCUCCCCCACCUCCCUCUCCCCCGUUCUCACCCCCUACUCAUCCCCCCACUUCACGCCCCCGCGCGCGCUCUCCCCCAUUCCUUCUCCGAAGUCCCCGUACCUCUCUCCCCUCCCCGGUUCACCCACCGGAGCAAACGCCAAUCUGUCCAUUUUCUCCUCACAUGCGGCCACACUCGCUGCUCUCUCGAACCUACACUGCCAGGCUACCACCUCCCACUCCCCCUCCUUCGCCUCCCCCCCCGCCUCCUCCCAAGACUUCCCCCUCUCUCCCACCGCCUUCCCCUCCCCUCCCGCAUCCGCGCAUGACUUCCCCAUAUCCCGCCCAACCCUCCCGCGGAGCGUCACAGAGGGCGCGUCUAGCCCCUCCCCCCCGCUCAUGCACUCCGCGCCUCCGCCCCCGUCGCUAGCAGAAGCAAUAGCGAUGCUGCAAAUGGCGUCUCUCUCCCCCAACCGCACUUCGCCGUGCAGCACCCGCCCUGCUUCCCCGCGCCCCUCAGGCGGGCUCGUCUCCCCCCCGCCCUCGAGCCUCAUCUCCCCCCCGCACUCUGGAUUCGCUACUCCGAAUUACCCUGGGAUAGCACCGCAGCUGUAUAAUUCACAGGGGCAGGGAGGGGGGGGCUUGGGGAAGGACGAGACGAUGGCUCACAAGCUUGGAACCGCACUCAACACCUUAUUCACGCGGAACCUCACGUCCUCGUCGCACACGUCGCAUGUCACGUCGUCCCCUCCCCCCAUCUCCCCCCGAUCCGCGCACAGCCACUCGUCCGCCUCCGCCUCCGCCAGCCCAGCGCUCUUCUCCCCCCGCUUCGCCUCGUCUGCUGCUGCUGCGAGCGGGGAUUUCUUGAUCAGUGCGGGCGGAGGGCAGAGUAUGGAGGGUAUGGGUUAUGACGCACUGGCGCAGGCGUUUUUGAGUGACGAUCUGACGCAGCAGUGGCAGCAGCAGCAGCGGCAGCAGCAGCAGCAGCAGCAACAGCUACAGCAGCAGGGGGAGCAGCAGCGGCAGCAGCAAGGGGAGGAGGUUAGUAUACAGGAGUUGAUAGCGCAGGCUCAGCAGCAGCUAAAGCAGGAGCAGAGAUCAGAGCAGGCGGGGGGCGGGAAUCAACUAGGAGAGGAAGGGGAGGAGGGAGUGGGAGCUCAGGAAGCAGAAGAGCAGAGGCAUGGGUUACAGCCAUGGCAGUCACUCAUCCCUGACGACUGGGGCCUGAUGCAAGAGCAGCUGGAGGAACUAGCAGUGAAGCAGCAGGAGCAGGGGGAGGGGGGAGAGAACGGGCAGGAGGGGGGCGUGGAGCUCCCAUGGAGCACCCUAGACUCGUUCACACUAGAUGACAUGCAACUCGUUGCAGAUCUCGAUUUCAACUCGCAACACCUAAAUCUGCAGAGCGAUCAGCGACCCUCACACCCGCAGAGCACGCAGCAUGACCUGCAUGACUCCACAGCCCCGCAUCAGGACCCCACCGAGAGGUCUUUCCAGAAGGAGAGCCUUGAGGGCUCGCUGCUAGCACAGGAGAUUCUGCUAGCGCAGGCGCAGCUGAUUAGUCAAGAGCGGAAUAAUAAUCAAUCGCAUAGUGAUGUUUUUGUGGUUGGUGGUGCGUCGCCGGGAAGAGACAAUGCAGUGUUUCUGAAGAGAGCAGGAAAUGUGUCGUCGAGCCCUGUGAUUGGCUCAUCGAUCCGCGUCAGCAGCUCGCCAGUCCACAUCAGCAAGAGCCGGUCCGCGUCAGCAGCUGUGGUGCUGGUUCCUGUCGAAGCACCGAAUAAUAUCUUUGCGGGCGCAACACAGGGAAUAGUUUCUGGGCAGAACGCGGUAUUUCCGACAAGCAGAACCGCCCCUGAGUCCGCCCCGAGUGCAAAUACAACCUCCCCUGGUCACACCCCACAGCAGGGCUCCUCCCCACACCUGGUUCUCUCACCAGACCAGCAGCUCGAGGUGGGGUUAGAUCUAUUUGCUGCUGUCUCGGCCGCUUCUGCUUCCGCGUCUGACGCUGCUGCUGCUGCUGCAGAUGGGUUUGCAGAGUAUGGAUUCGGAGCUAGAUCUGCUGGAAAGCGAGAUGCUGCUGCUGCGGCGGCGGUGGCAGCGGCAGUGGCAGCAGUGGAUAAUUUUGGUGCUGCACUGGGUAAUACCGGUGUUGCGGGUUCUGCUGGUGCUGGUGACACUGGUUUCACGUGGGCUACACUGCCUUUAGCGUCGGAUGAGGCACAGCAUAUGGUGAUUUGCGAGGAUAGUUCUGGAGCUAUACAAGUGGCCAUGCGCCCACGCUCCCCUAGCGAGAUGUAA